CCCUGCACUGAGCUGUCACACAGCUGGCCCAGCUCCUUUUCCAAAAUGCUGUUUUGGCACAACCAGCCGGAGCACCUGUGGCCCAGUCCUGGGGAACAGUACCCAGGGCCCCCCAGCAGCCUGCUCAGGGAGCCCCUGCCCUUGCCCUACUUGAAGCAGGAGGAGCUGCCCGACAUCCCCAGCGCGGAGCCACCCUGCCCCGUGUUCCAGUACGUGCUCUGUGCGGCCACCUCGCCAGCCGUGAAGCAGCAGGAGGAGACCCUCACCUACCUGAACCAGGGCCAGUCAUACGAAGUGCGGCUGCUCUGCAACCCCAAGCUGGGUGAUGCCACUCAGUGCCCCCGGCUGCUGAAAAGCGUGGUGCGAGUGGUGUUCCACGAUCGGCGCCUGCAGUACAUGGAGCAGCAGCAGCUGGACGGGUGGAGGUGGAGCCGGCCUGGGGACCGCAUCCUGGACAUCGAUGUACCACUGUCUGUGGGCGUGAUAGAACCCCAAGUGCUGCCCUCACAACUCAACACAGUGGAGUUUCACUGGGACCCGACCAAGAAGACGUCCCUCUUCCUACAGAUUCACUGCAUCAGCACUGAGUUCACGCCUCGGAAGAAAGGUGGAGAGAAAGGUGUCCCUUUUCGCCUCCAGAUCGACACCUUCAAGCCCAGUGACAAGGGGCUUCUGCCAGAGCACCUGCAUUCGGCUGGCUGCCUCAUCAAGGUGUUCAAGCCUAAAGGAGCUGACCGGAAACUGAAGACUGACCGGGAGAAGAUCGAGAAACAGCCCCUGCAUGAGAGAGACAAGUAUCAGACCCCCCGUGCGAGCACGGUCUUCCUGGAGCGCUCGCCGUGGCCGGAGCCGCCCCGGCGGCCUCUCAGCCCCACUGCUGCGACCUCCCCUAACUCCUGCAAGCUCCUGGCCCCGGAGAGGCUCUGUUCCUCGCCGCCAUUCGCUUUGGACACCUUGGGGUGUAGCCCAGCUGAGGACCUGAACCCUGGAGCCUCCAUCUCCGAGACGCAGCAGUGGCUGCAUCAGCACCGGUUCUCCAGCUACUGCCGGGUGCUGGCCAACUUCACUGGCACCGAUCUGCGGAAGCUUACCCGCCAGGACCUUAUCCAGAUCUGUGGGGCUGCCGACGGGAUCCGCCUUUUCAAUACUCUUAGAGCCAGGCCCAUCCGUCACCGGCUGACUUUAUAUGUGGCUCAGGAGGCCUCUAGGCAAGAGAACGAGGUUCCUGAGAACUCCGACUCAGGAUUUUACCAAGAGAUCUCUCUGGAUGAACUCAGUGCUGUAGAGCUGAUGGGGAAACUGGCUGAGCUACUGGCCCUCCCAGCCAAUCAGAUCCACCGUCUUUUUCACCAAGGCCCUGGGGGCAUCCUCAUUCUCCUCAGCGACCAGGUGGUCCAGAAUCUUAAGGAUGAGUCACACUUUGUGGCCAUGGUGAAGAAAGGCCCAGUGGAGCUCCACUACAGAGACAGACUGACGCCAGCCUGGUUCUCCUUGUUCAUCACAAGCCUUAUUAAAACCCUCUGCUGACUGAGGCGGAACUGUAUUGUUGUCUUACCCCAGGGGAGGAGGCCAGUAACUCUCAACCUCACUCUUCUUUCUGCUUAGCAGCGAUGGUUGCUGGAAUCCUGGACACAGCCUCCCUUGCCCACUCUUCUGAGCAGGCCAAGCUUAUAAGGCAAAAAACUGGCAAUAUGGAUACGGAGCUUUUACCAUAAGCAGU